AUGCGCUUAUGGCUGUUGGUGUUUGUGUUUGCUUCCAUCGAGGCCCAGAAUUCAUUUAAUAUUUCGAAUGAAGACAAUACGAACCAGCAAUCAGUUUAUGAUGUUAUAAUAGUCGGCGGUGGUUUAACUGGAUUAACGGCAGCAAAACAAAUCUUACGACGUCAACCGUCAGCUUCUGUUGUUAUUUUAGAAGCGAGAGGACAGGUUGGGGGACGUAUUCGAGCCCGAACUGUUACCACAGCCGCUGGUGAUGAAUGGUUGGACUUAGGAUCUCAGUUCAUAUCUCCUAAGCACAAUGAACUUAUCAACUUGAUAAGAGCCGAGAACAUCCAGCUAUCGCAACAAGCUAUGUGUGGUCACAAUACGGUUUUGAUUGAGGGAGUUCGGAGACGUAAACGCCAGAUCUGGACAUCUUCUAUACCCGCUAGAUCAACUAUUGAGGAAGUUUUGGCUUCACCAGACAUGACACGUUUGGGAAAUAUGACUGUUGGCGAUUUUACUCUGAGCAGUGGUAUGUCUGACCAAGAAGCGGCAGCUAUGAAUCGCCUUCUCCAGACCCUGUACGAUGCCCCGGAGAAUAAAAUAUCUCCGCUCACUUUAUCUCUCACUGCUGGAAGUGACAAAGCUUCGAUCCCUGAUCUUUUGAUGGACUUUGGCCAUGGAAGCUCGUUCUUAGCUGUAGGUAGCAUGUACAAUGUUGUGAGAUCAAUGGCUGACGGAAUCCACGUAGAGUAUAACCAAGAUGUUACAUCUAUCCAGCAUUCUGCCCGCGCUGUUGUGACAACCACAAAAGGUGUAUUCCAAGCUCGCCAAGUUCUUGUUACUGCGCCACCUAAAGUAGCGGCCAGAAUAAACUUCUCACCAUCCAUCUCUUCCCAGUUCUCCACAUUCUUAGAUUCGUAUAGCCCUAAGGGUGAUGCUUUCUACUUCACGAUGACAUUCCCUACAGCUUUCUGGAGAGCUCAAAACCGAAAUGGACAAAUAAUAUACACUUCUUCCACUGGCCGAGUAGCUUGGUUAACCACAUUCGAUGUCACUACAACAGCUCAAUGCGAAUCUCGAAUUGGAACAACUGGAGUCCUCUGGGGAAUCGCUCAUGUAAUUGAAAAGAUUGAAGAUGAUCGUCAGAGACAUCAACUUUACAUUGAUGUCAUUGCCAAAACACUAGGAUCAAAUGUAUCACCUAUAGACGUCAAGGAUGUGCAGUUUUCCAAUGACUCGAAAGCUCUCGGGUCCAUAGGAGGAUUUGGUCCAAUGACUGAUUUCUCAUUUUUGCAAUUUUUGAAGGGAGUUCAUUCGGAGAAUGACGUUCUACAUUUUGCUUCCGCGGAAUAUUCAAAUAAGUCAAUGGGCUUAAUGAACGGAGCUGUGAACUCGGGAAAUUUGGCGGCUGAGACCAUUAUCGAACGAAUAAGAGACACUCAACCUGCGACCUCAUUCCAAUAUGAUCAACCUUUAUUGCAACAAGGAACAACUUCUUAUGUUUACACAACAUCCACCCACUAUCCUCCCACAACACGCCCUCUGGCUAUUAAUAUCAUAUUGGCUUCUGCAUCAUCCGCUAAUAAUAAUAGUAUUGGUUUUUCAUACAGCACCUCCACUCAUUAUCCAACGACCAGACCUGAGCCAGUAUCUGAGCGACAGACAGUUGAAACUCUACAAAGAGAUCAAUCCGGCUUCAGAUAUGAAACAUCCACUCAUUAUCCUUCAACAUCAGCUUUUGAUACAACUACUAUGACGCAUUUCAGCAUGGGAAAUCAACCUCAACAAGCAUUUGCUACUAACAAUGAGACACAAAAGAGUUUUGACUAUGUAACAACAACGCAUUACCCUCCCUUCACCCAAACCGUUGACACUGGAAUAUUUGAACAUUUUAGUUUAGGAAACGAAAAAAAUGAAACAAGCUCACAAAUCACAAAUCUCAUCUUGGGACCUGCCCAAUUUGUGAACCCAUCUACCACUGUUUCGCCGCCUACAAGUUCCCCUCAAACUCGUGCAGGUCCUCCUGCUGGAAUUCAAGCAGGAAGCACUACCCCAUUUGUAUACAGUACAAGUACACCAGCAACCAAUAUGCUGAUCGUGACCGAUUCAAAUUUUCAACAUUUUAGUCUUGGAAAUCUUGGCUCUGAGAACUCUGUGCAAACAGAUCUGCUCGUAGCAAAAGAUCAAGUGACUGCUCUUUCUGCGCAACCGUCUUUCAGCAGUGGUCCAGUUCCUACAAACAUUCUCACGGAGCUGAAAUCCACCGUGGAUGAGGCGUCCAACAGUAAUCAACUGUCAUUGGCCACGAAACUUUCAUCGAUAGUUCAAAACCUUUUGCAAUCAAUCAUGAAUAUGAAUAAUUAA